GUGGCCAACUAUGAGACCCAAUACACCGACAAAGAGAUCGCCGAACUGAUCCGCACCGUCUGUCCCAUGUGUUUGGAUCGCGUGGAGAAUUGUCGCAAUGCGGCCAUCGAUUGCUUGUGCCACUUGUCGUCACUAUCGGACAAAUUAUGCGAUCUGAUGGUCACCGCCGAUGUCAUGACACCGAUUGUCGCCGCCUUUAACCAGUACUUCGUGGCCGACAAUUGGCUGACACCCGCCGGUAAACACCAGCCGUCGGCACUCGUGCCGCAAAUCUAUAUCAAUUUGUGUCGACUAUUGACUAACUUAUGCGGCACUUCAGAUAAGGCCCUAAAUGUGUUCAACACAUCAAAUGUCACUCAAAUACUGGUCAAUGGCCUGAAUGUCGGCGAAACUAACAUCGAGGUCGCGAUCGCUUCCGCCCAAUGUCUAUCAGUUGUCGGCGAAGAGAAUCAAAUACCGGCUCUUUUAGUGCCCGAAAAUCUAGAUGUUAUCAAAAGUUUGUUAAUAAAAUUGCCGGAAAACUCAUCGCAAACGCAUUUGUCUCUCUUAACGGCGUUCAUCGGCCACAAUAUGGGCAUCGGUUCCGAUAGCAAAGCUCUUGAGUUUACAUUCGCUCUCAUAGACAACGCGUUGAGCGCCCAAUGUUUGCCACAAAUCGUGGAUUUCGCUCAAAACAUACAACAGUUUGUGGACACCGAGAAAGACAUCGAUUGUUUGAAACAAAACUAUUUCGAUGUUAAGAAUCUAGUAUUGGCUAAACGGGUGGCACUCGAACUCAUUACUAAUAUUACCGGCGCUGACGGCAGCGCCGGUAGUGAUGCCGACGAUGACGACCAGGACAUGGAUUGUGACGAUGAUAUGGAGGCCAGCGAUGGCGACGAUGGAGAUAGUAAUGCAAAUAAUGGCGAUAUCAGUGACACGACUGCACCCGAAGUGUCUACUAUUAGCCCAGAAUUGGAGGCCAUAAUCAUCGGAAAGGGACUGUUGGCCAAAAUUGGUGACCAUUUGUGUGCACUCGACGGCCAAUUGAAAGACAAGCUAUUACUGCACGGCUUUGGCGCUGAGAUAGUGAACUGUAUCGAAAGUAUACAACUGUGUUCACUGACGUGUGUACACAAUCUGGUCGCCUGUAUAUCACCGCAAACGCUGACCAUCGGUGACCAGCUCUGGAAAAACAUAUACCAUAUGGUGUUUGACGGGUCGACCGGCGGUCAGCUACUUGUCGAAGAGGCGACUAAUACUAUACGCGCGCUAAUUGCCAGACACCCGACCCUUACACUCACUGGCGACGAGUUGGACAGACUGUGCGCCCACUGCCAGACCGUAGCGGCGGCGGCGCCCGGCGUCGGGUCCAUAGCCGUCAAGAUUAACGUCAUAAACGUGCUGUCAGUUUGCGGCCAACGAUCGCCGGACCCGGCGUUUGUUGAACGCGUGGCCGCACUGUUGCUGACGGGCGUCGAGUCGGAGCGCGACCUGACUGUUAGGGCGGAACUGUUUGACGCACUCAUCGACGUCUUCAGCGAAGACCAUAAGACGGACUCAAUUGCCGUUAAAUUGGAUUUAAUUAAACGCAUGAAAGCGGCGGCCGUUUUGUUCAGGAAAGAGGUCUGUAUUGAGUGUUAA